GCGGUGACGCAGGAGCAGCUGCUGUUUCUGGAGGCUUGGCGGGCGGUGGACCGAGCGUAUGUGGACAAGAAGUUCAACGGGCAGAACUGGUUCAAGGCAGGCCCCGCCGCUGGCUGCUCCCCACCAUGCCUUGCCUGCCUGCCUGUGCCGAUGGGCAGCCGCGCGGAGACGCACGAGGCCAUCCGCGUCCUGCUGGCCUCCCUGGGCGACCCGUUCACACGCUUCCUGGCCCCAGAGCAGUACACGGCACUACGGCGCAGCACGGCCGGGUCAGUGACUGGCGUGGGGGUGGAAGUUUCCUUCUCCUCCCAGCAGGGCGGCAGCAGCUCGCUGGUCGUCAUCUCGCCCGCGCCAGGCGGCCCCGCCGAGCGUGCCGGCAUCCGUCCGGGGGACCAGAUUCUGUCCAUCGACGGCCAGGACACCUCCACGCUGUCGCUGUAUGCUGCGGGCAACCUGCUGCAGGGGCCGGAGGGCAGCGAGGUGGUGCUGCGGGUGCGGCCCAGCGGUGGCGGGGCUCCUAGGGACCUGAGCCUCACCCGGCAGCCUAUCCAGUUCAACCCUGUCGACUCCGCGCUCUGCAGCACUAGCGGCCAGCUGGCGCCCGGGUCCAGCGAGGGCCGGCUGGGAUACAUCCGUGUGGCCACCUUCAGCAAGCAGACCAGCGAGAAAGUGCGGGCGGCGCUGCUGACGCUGCGGGAGCAGGGCGCGCAGCGGCUUGUGCUGGAUGUGCGCAACAACGGCGGCGGGCUGUUUCCUUCGGGGGUGGAGGUGGGGCGCAUGCUGCUCAACAGCGGCGACAUAGUGCUGAUCGCAGACAGCGACGGCGUUCGCGACAUCUACUCCGCCCAGGGCUCCGCCAUAGACCCCUCCACCCCCCUGGUCGUGCUGGCCAACCGCGGCACCGCCUCAGCCAGCGAGGUGCUGGCGGGGGCUCUCAAGGACAACGGGCGGGCCGAGGUGGCCGGGGAGAGCACCUUUGGCAAGGGGCUAAUCCAGACCCUGGUGGAGCUGUCCGACGGGUCUGCUGUGGCGGUGACUGUGGCCAUGUACCAAACGCCUGCGGGCAUCGACAUCAACAAGAUUGGCAUCGCACCGACCAUCCCGCUGCAGCCGGCCCAGCUGGCCGACAUCCCGCUGAGCGGCGAGGCCUUCUGCCGCUUCGCGCAGACCGAGCAGGCGCCCAGGCUGUUC